UAGGGAUGUCAAUGGCAGAAUUGGGUUCUGCAGCGCCAACAUCUGGAGGCGUGAGUCUGUUUUGUCUUCGUUGACGUGGUAUUCUCGAGUGACGUGGAUGUACUACAGCUAUACUUCUGGACACAUUCCUUGUCAUCUCCGUGGUGUAGAAACUUGCUUGCCUGGAUUGUUGGCUGUAAGACUUUAUGGUGAUUUUAACGAGCAGAAGUAUAAUGACCUGAUAACAGAUUCAAACACCGUUGGGACCAUAGCAUCUGUCGCAUCUAUCGAUUGGGGAUGUGCAGUGCAAGUCAUGGCUGCAGUAUCCAUCGGCUCAGGCCAAACUUUCACCGCAACGAGUGCGCAAACUUUGUGCGUAAUUCAAGACACCGAACCAGUCAAUCAACCUGCUCAUUAUGUCGAAUAUCUAGCGCAGUCUAUGUUGCAAUAGUCC